AAAACUCUGGACUCUCUUUCUUCACUCUCUCAACGUCUACAAUGGCCACUUCUCGCUCCUUGUACCGUACAACCACCCAAUUCUCCCAAACCCUUCUUCGCACUUUCUCUACCACCCCCAAACCCUCGCAUCACAACCACCACCAACAGAGCCACAAGUUCCUCGAGUCCCAUUCCUAUGUCGGUAGCUGGUGGCACUCCGAUCCGCCACGGGACCCCAAGGCCGCCGAGCGCAGGCUCGCCAUGCUCCGCCGCGACUACGCCAAACAGGUCAAGCUUGUCCGCAAAGAGUACAUCCGCGAGGUCGAGCUCAUGCGCCUCGAGCAGCAGCGCAAGGACGAGGCCAGGAGAGAGGCACUUCGAUUAGCGAACGAGGAAAAGAAAAAGCUCAAAGCCGAGGCCGCUAAGCUCCGAGCUCAUGAGCGCGAGCUCGCCGAGAAAGAGUUCCGCCAAACUCUAUUGAAGGAAAGAGCUGAGAAGCUUGAAAAUUGGAGGAUGAAAGAAACAAAGAGGGAAGAGAAGAAGAAAGAGAAGAAAGAGUUGCUACACCGGAAGAGUUCCUUGUGGAUCGAUGAAUCUGAAUUGGAAAAGAAGAUACUCGAGGCUAUUGUGGAUACUACACCCCUCUGAUUCUUUCGCUUUCGUUUUAUAUUUUUUUUUAUUGGAAUACCUUUUGAUCUUUUAGUUGGAAUAAUCUUUAAGAAGAUUUUGACGCCUCGAAGCAUUUUUUGUGCUAGAAUAUGUAGCUUAGUCAUGUUUUGUGUAUUGGUGUUUGUCAAUGUAGCCUUUUUAGUUUGCAGCUUUGUUUGAAUGGUUACUAAAAAAAAUUAAGAGAUUGAAUAGAUUUCAUUUUGAGCUUUCA